AUGAACCAACAACCUAUAAGUCAAGCGAUCAGACAUCAACUAUUAAGACCUCAAAAUCUACCUCAAAAUGCCAUCAAUACAUCUUUUGAUGAUCUCAAUUCUGACCAAAAACAUAAAAUUUUAACUAAAGGUAUGGAAGACCCAUUUGUUAGAGGAUCAAGAACA